CUGCGCCAGCGGGGGCACGUCACUGGUGGUCUUAUUAAAAAACCUCGCCAUCCUCCGCGCACUGGACAGACCCCGGACCGCAGCCGCCACUUGAAGAGGGAAACCCUCCAGUCGCAGAGAGAAAGAGGGAAAGGAAAGGAAAGAGAAAGAAAGAAAAAAGAACUCAUCUGAUCACGUAGCCUAGCUGAUUGCUUGUUACUGGUUAUCACCAAUCAUGGGAACCUGCACCCUGAUCCUUAGUUAUGAACUCAAGGCUGGAGUUACGAUGGAAGAUGUGUGGACUGUUGUUCCCGAUAUUCUGGCUCUUGCUCUGUCGGACGCUCUCAUUGUUUACCCAAACAACAUUACAAGUCCGUGUGAAGAGGACAACGUGGUCUUCGCUGUGGGUUCUAAAGGAAGAAGUUACGCUACGAUAUACUAUCAUAAACAAGGGCUGCUAACAAUGAACGUGGAACACCCGUGCCAGAAGGACGACGAGAUGUUGCCACUGAGCAAACCUUAUGACCUGGAGUUCAUACGUAUCCUGGACACGAGGAUACAAAAAUGUCUUGGAGAGAUGUGCGUCCGUUCCAAAAGCCUGUACGUGCCAGUGAGAAGACCAUGCCGACUGCCAAAGAAUUACACAGAGCUUGGGGACGAGCGUCUGACAGAGACGGACUACACGGAACUUGUUUAUGAAAAAACUUCCCCCUAUCAGGUCAUCCGCAUCUUGCAGUCACGUGUGUACGGCCGCGUGCUGACGCUUGAUGAUGACGUCAUGAUUGGUGAAAGUGACGACAUCUACAACCAGACAGUGCUGGGGGUGAACCGUGGGAACAACUAUGAUGGAGCGUCUGUUCUUAUUCUAGGAGGCGGUGAUGGCGGGCUGUUAAAUUUGCUGACCUCCCUGCCUAAACCACCUCGCCAUGUUUUGAUGGCAGAAAUUGAUGAAGAGGUCAUGAAGGCGUGUGCCCGCUACAUGCGAUCUUUCUGCGGCAGUGUGCUCGACACAUACAAAACAGACUCCUACACAAUCAUGGUGAAAGACUGUGUGGAGGUUCUCAAAGACAGUGUAGAGCAAGAACACAAGUUUGACUACGUCAUCAAUGAUCUGACUGAGUUCUCAGUGACCAAAGACAAAUAUGGUUUUUCCUACGACUUCAAGACUAACAACAUAUUGAUGGAACUCAGUUACAAGUGCUUGGCUGAUGGAGGGAAAUACCUUGCCAGGGGGAACACACUCAGUGCCAAGGGCUACACAGAGAGAAUCGAGCAAGAGUUGAGAGACAUAGGCUUCACUUUUACCAGAUACGAAAACCACGUACCCUCCUUCCUCGAAACGUAUUGCUUUUACGAAGCUGUGAAAGCAUAGCGGUUGUCAACAUGAGAAAAACAACGCCCCAGGUAUUUCUAGCCAUCGCUGAUGCAACAACAAACCUUUUCAACGUUCGUCUCACUGAUUACCAAAAGAGUAUCUGCAGUCUUAAACAUUUGUAUUACAGCUUUAGUGUUCCGACUGAAUGGUGGAAAGUGUGUAUGACAUUUUUUACAUGGUUCAACGAAUGAAAGAGGUUGUGACGACCACUGGAUCAGUUUCUUGCCAUCUAAUGCGACAAAAGAAGGAUAACAAGAUAACAUAAACAACUUAAAGAGCUCUGCUGGCAAGACAUUAUUACCAAGACCAGCUACAUGCCAGCAGUUUAUUUAAUCCUUAUAUGCAAAACGGGAAAAGUUGCAUUGUAUAUUUUCUUUGAGUGUUCGUGUUCGGAUAGUUUCAACAUUUUCAGGUUUCAAAGACGUAAUCCGAGCUUCAAAUAUCAAAAAUAAACUGCAAAAGAAUAAGUUGUGUUUUAGAUUCAUAACAGUUUUUACUAUUCUAAUGUAAAGGUCUCGCAAUGACACAUACACGUUUAUAUACACACGAAAAAAAAGAAUGUUAACAUUUACUGUUUGUCACUUCGCAGAACCAAAAACGCAGUUGGUAUGCAAAUGCUUAUCACUUUUGUUUUAAGGCAAUCUUCCGUAUAUCAUUAUCGCGGCAUACACGAUUAUUUUCAGCUUGCUCUUUUAUUGUGUCAGUGUCUGUAGGUGAGUUCGAAAGGUCUGUUGACAUUAAAAUUUUGGAAAAUAUACGUGAGUGUGUACUGGUAUUUCUAGUUGGUACUAGAAUACUUAGGUCCAUUGUGUGUUGAAUUUUCUAUACAUUAUUAUUAGGUAUAUAAAAAGGAGUUUUUUUGCUCGCUCCUUUCAGAAAUGUAAAGACUAUAACAUGACUUUUGACUGAGUGUAAACGUACAAAGAUUUAAGCUUCUCGUUACUUCGACUUCAGGGUUUAUGGAUAUCUGUUGUCCAUAUAUAGGAGCUUAAUUGUAUCACCAUCUUCAAAGCUAUAGCGUUCAAUAAAGUGUUCUGGUAUUCA